AUGGGCUGCUGCUGCAGCUCGGACUACGACGAGGACUGGAUCGAGAACAUCGACAUUUGUGAGCACUGCAAUUACCCCAUCGAGCCCGACGGCAAGCGCCAGAGGCCGAUCCGCAACGGCUCCGAGGUGCGAGACCCUCUGGUGUCCUACGAGCCCUCGUCACCUCCGUGCUCCCCCAUGCAAGACAAGCUGGUGGUGGCCCUCUACAACUACGAGCCCAAGCACGACGGGGACCUGGGGAUGCGCAAGGGGGAGAAGCUCCGCGUGCUGGAAGAGAGCGGGGAGUGGUGGAAGGCGCAGUCGCUCACCACGGGCCAGGAGGGGCUGAUCCCACACAACUUCGUGGCCUUGGUGAACAGCCUGGAGCCCGAGCCGUGGUUCUUCAAGAACAUCAGCCGCAAGGACGCCGAGCGGCAGCUCCUGGCCUCGGGAAACACCCACGGCUCCUUCCUGAUCCGCGAGAGCGAGACCUCCAAAGGCUCGUACUCGCUGUCCGUGCGGGACCUGGACGAGAGCCAGGGGGAGACGGUGAAGCACUACAAGAUCCGGAACCUGGACAGCGGCGGCUUCUACAUCUCCCCCCGCGCGCCCUUCGGCAGCCUCAGGGAGCUGGUGCAGCACUACAUGAGCAGCUCCGACGGGCUCUGCUGCCGCCUGGGCAAGCCCUGCCGGACGCAGAAGCCGCAGAAGCCCUGGUGGCAGGACGAGUGGGAGGUGCCGCGGGAGUCGCUGAAGCUGGUGGAGAAGCUGGGAGCGGGACAGUUCGGAGAGGUCUGGAUGGGGUUCUACAAUGGGCACACGAAGGUGGCAGUGAAGAGCCUGAAGGCUGGCAGCAUGUCCCCCAGCGCCUUCCUGGCCGAGGCCAACCUGAUGAAGAAGCUGCAGCACCAGCGGCUGGUGCGGCUCUACGCCGUGGUCACCAAGGAGCCCAUCUACAUCAUCACCGAGUUCAUGGAGAAGGGCAGCCUCGUGGACUUCCUCAAGACCUCGGAAGGAGUCAAGCUCAGCAUCAACAAACUCCUGGACAUGGCAGCGCAGAUUGCCGAAGGCAUGGCUUUCAUCGAGGCCAAGAAUUACAUCCACAGGGACCUGAGGGCCGCCAACAUCCUCGUCUCGGACACUUUGUGCUGCAAAAUCGCCGAUUUUGGGCUGGCCAGGCUCAUCGAGGACAACGAGUACACAGCUCGGGAGGGGGCCAAAUUCCCCAUUAAGUGGACGGCACCCGAGGCCAUCAACUACGGGACGUUCACCAUCAAGUCGGACGUGUGGUCCUUCGGCAUCCUGCUCACCGAGAUCGUCACCUACGGCCGGAUCCCGUAUCCAGGGAUGACCAACCCCGAGGUGAUCCAGAACCUGGAGCGUGGCUACCGCAUGCCGCAGCCGGACAACUGCCCGGCGGAGCUGUACGAGCUGAUGAGGCAGUGCUGGAAGGAGAGCCCCGAGGAGCGCCCCACCUUCGACUUCAUGAAGAGCGUGCUCGAGGACUUCUUCACCGCCACCGAGGGCCAGUACCAGCAGCAGCCCUGA